AUGGAUUGCGCCGCUUCGGAGUAUUACAAGGAGUCGGCUAAAAAGUAUGAUUUGGACUUUAAGAAUCCCAAAUCAGACCAGAGUAAAUGGAAAACAGGUGCCGAAAUGUUGCAGUUGUACCAGUCAUUUGUCAAGGCGCUGCCAACCGUGAACAUUCAAAUUGUCGCUGAUGAUCUGACGGUAACUAAUCCGAAGCGAAUUCAGAUGGCAGUGGACAAGAAGGCCUGCAACUGCUUAUUGCUGAAGGUCAUGCUUUUUACUAUUACAUCGGAGCAAGAGCUAAUUCAGGUGAACCAGAUAGGUACGGUCACAGAAUCUAUUGAAGCAGCGAACCUGGCGCGUAAAAACGGUUGGGGAGUUAUGGUUUCUCACCGAUCGGGUGAAACUGAAGAUACAUUCAUCGCAGAUUUGGUUGUUGGUCUUGCGACGGGGCAGAUAAAAACUGGCGCCCCGUGCCGAUCGGAACGCCUUGCCAAGUACAAUCAAAUACUUCGCAUCGAAGAAGAGCUUGGCAGCGCAGCCGUAUAUGCCGGCAAGAAAUUCCGGAAUCCGCAAGCUUAA